UUAAACUAGACAAAGGAUCCGAGCCGAAUCCCGAUCCCUCCGGCGUCCCACCUCACCCCUACAAAUCCGACGUCUGAUCCCAUCGAUCCUAGCAUCGAUUCCCCCACCUAACCUAUAUCUUUGAAUCCGCCUCGCGCGAGGGAGCAGUGGCGAUAGCCGAUGCGAGGGAGCGCGCGACGUCGGCGGCGGCGACCCCUACCUAACUUGUAGCUUCAAAUCCACUGCGUGCGAGCGAGUGGUGGCGAUAGCCGGCGCGAGGGAGCGCGCGGCACCAGCGGUGGCAACCCCCACCUAACCUGUAGCUUCGAAUCCGCCUCGAGCUCUAGAUUCGAUCCGCUUCGUCAUGAUGGUGGCCAUCGAUUCCCAGUUAGAUCAUCACUUCUGGAUUCCACCCCCUAAUAAGCUUUGGAUCUCUCACUGCGUCUUCUUCUUUGAUUCCCCCAAAUGUUUGUUGUUUGAAUCAUCGACGGCAAAUCUGCAAGUUGCAUUAUGCAGUUAGCAUUGUGCUUGAGUUUUGCGUGCAGUUAGCUGGUUUGAGUCCCUGUCAGUUGGUAAUGUGUAUAAAAUCUGAGGUUAGAUGUUGGAGACAACAUUCAGUUAGCUCUGUGGGAUUGUGUAGUUUGAGCUAGAAAAUGUGCUUUGCUUGUGCUUGAGUUUUGCGUCGAGUUAGCUGGUUGCAUCCCUAUCAGUUUGGUGAUGUGUAUAGAAAUAUGAAGUUAUCUGUUGGAGAAACCAUUCAGUUAGCUCUGUGGGCUUCUGGUUGCAUUUGCGCAGUUAACUAUGAAAACUUUUCUUCACUGCUUGUAGUAAAAAAUGGCACCUGAUGAAGACGAUGAUGACCUAACUAGCAGGAUUGUAUGUGUCGACAUGCAAAACUCUCCCGUGCAGAAUGACCCAGUUUACGUUUUAAAACCAGUGGUGGUGCAAACUGCGAGGUAUCCACCACAGGCGCCAAUGAAUGAAAGAGUUACUGGAUGCAAUUGCGAACCUAUGCCGCGCCUGAAGAACCGUCAACACCAAUCAAGCGUCCUGGAGACAAUCAAUGAGGUGCAUGAUGGACCUGCACAAGAUGAUGAUGAACACAUGGAUGCUACCAAUGAAAGUGAUGAUCACAUUGAAUGCUGGACUAAGAUUGUUCCUCAAGAUGACUGGGAGCGAGAACUCGAGCAAGUCUUUGUUCUAAGGCCUAAAACACGAUGUCCGCAAUAUCCACAAGCUCAAGAAGACCAGUCUAGUCAGAGCAAUGAUAAGGCAUGUGCAGAUACUUGUACAGACAACUGUGAGAAAGCUAGAACUGCACGUUGUUCUGUCGCCCAAAAAAAGAUAACAAAAAUGAUGUUCUGCUAACAUCAGCAGUUAGGUGUUCCACCAUCAUGCAGUUAGGGUUGAGUGCAUAAGGGAGUUAGAAACUAUGGGGCAGUUAGCUUAAAUAAUGCAGUUAUGUGAUAAAGCAACUAGGUUUAAAUACACAUGGAAGUUAGAGUACACAACAAC